AUGGAUCAAGUAAUAAACAGCACCACUGACAACGCUGUGUUUUUGAAAAAUGUCGACCUUCUCAACCCUUCGUAUCAAUCUGAGGUUCAAAAGCACAAGCUCAAGCGUCUGGUCCCAAGUCCAAACUCUUUCUUCAUGGACGUCAAGUGCCCAGGAUGCUUUGCUAUUACAACCGUCUUCUCACACGCUCAGACGGUUGUUUUAUGCGGCUCUUGCUCCACCGUACUCUCUCAACCAACCGGUGGUAAGGCUCGUUUGACUGAGGGCUGCUCAUUCCGUAGAAAGAACUAA